AUGCCAAUUACCACCGAACUAGAGCUUCGCCAAUUCCUCUCCUCGAAGGACAUACCCUGCCACGAGAUCGAAGUCGUUGCUGGAGGUUCAGCAAACUUCUGUUGGAGAAUCAAGACACUACUCGGAAGGCGAAGCAUCACCAAACAUGCGGAGCCCUUCGUCCGCAUCAUGCCUCAUAUACCACUACCUCUUGAAAGGAUGGAAUACGAGCACCUGGCCUUGACAGUUGUACCAAAUAUGGUUUCUAGGGAUGAGCACGUUCGCCUGCCACAAGUAUACAACUACUUUCCUGAAGAGCAUGUUAUAUACAUGUCUGAUGCGGGAUCAAAAGAUCUGAAAGAAAGCUACAAAAGGGACGACAACAUCGAUAUCCCUCUCCUAGGCCAGAGGAUAGGCGUUUGGCUAGCAAGGCUGCAUAAGGAGACUUCAGAGCCGGAAACGCUGGAAUUUGUCAAGACGAAGUUCGACAGUAAAGUUGCAAGGUCCGUCUUCCAGUACACCUACAAUGGCCUAGCCUCUGUCCUGAAACAACAUGGCCACGAUCCUGCUCUCGGAGAGCGUAUCAACGCCAAAUUCGGCUCCGAAACUGCUUCAGACAGAAUGUGUCUCUGCCAUGGUGAUUUUUGGCUAUCCAACAUUCAGCUCGAGAACCAGGAUCCUGCUAUCGAAGGAGGAGAAGCGGAAGACUCAAAGCUGCGGGCACCAGUGUUGACAAUCAUCGAUUGGGAGAACGUUCGUGUGGGAAAUGGCGCCACGGAUGUUGGGCGAUUUGCUGCAGACUCAUGGCUGCUCGAUCGCUUUCACGGCGACAAGGGAAUGUUCGAAGCUUUUCUAAAGGCAUAUCUAGCCGAGUGUCCAUUGAAUCAGCGUGACAAGAUCCGGCUUGUUGUGCACUUCGCUGUGCAUAUCGUCUUCUACUCGAGGAUGAGGUGGACGGAUGAGGAAGGCACGAGGCAACUCGUACAGAUAGGGAAAGCGAUGCUCGGGGCUGUUGAGACCGAAGAUUUAGAGAGCUUAAUCACAGGACCAUUGGGACAGCUGUUUAGUGAAUGA